AUGGCGAGAGCGAACAAGCGCAAACUGAGCGCGGCGGCGCCUGUGGCCGCAUCGACGCCGAAGAAGUCUUCGAAGUAUGCGAAGGAGGCGGCCAAGCAAGAGCGUUACAGCACCGAGCGCACGAAGAAGGCACAGCUCUUUGACUCGGAGGAAGAAGCAGAAGAAAAAGAAAAAGAACAGGAGGACGAGAACGACAGCAGCAGCGAUCAGGAUGAGGGCGAAGGACCUGAGGUAGACGACGGGUUCUCGGACGCCAACAAGAAGUGGCUGAAACUCAAGCACGGCGUUGAGAGCGACGCGGACGAGGACAAGGAGGAAGACGACGAGGAAGAAGAAGACGAAGAAGAGCUGGAUAUUGAGCGCAAGGCUCGUUUGCUGGACGAAGAAGAAGCGUUGCAGGCCCAGGAAGCGGAGGACGACAUGCGUCUGAACAUUGCGAACAACGAGCCGUACCAUUUGCCGACAGAGGAGGAGCUGGCAGAGGAAGCUGAGGACAAUGCCGACAUGUCGGACCCUGCCAAAGUCCAUCAGCGUAUCAAGGACGUGGUGGAGGUAUUGGCGCAGUUUAGUGCUCGCCGGGAGCCGGGACGCUCUCGUGUGGAUUACAUGGAGUCGCUGGCUAAGGACCUGGCUGGAUACUAUGGCUACAACCGCGAGCUCAUUGACAUGUUCCUCCAGAUGUUUUCGCCGGCAGAAUGUGUCGAAUUUGUCGAAGCGAACGAGCAACCGCGGCCACUGGUCAUUCGUACGAACACACUGAAAGCGCGUCGUCGUGACCUCGCACAGGCACUUAUCCAGCGUGGCGUGAACCUCGACCCUCUUGCCAAAUGGUCAAAGGUGGGGCUGAAAAUUUACGACUCGCCUGUUCCCAUUGGCGCCACGCCCGAGUACUUGGCGGGUCACUACAUGCUUCAGUCAGCGUCGUCCAUCUGCGCUGUGAUGGCGCUUGCCCCGCAGAUGAAUGAACGCGUGCUGGAUUUGGCGUGCGCUCCAGGUGGUAAGACCACGUACAUUGCUCAGUUGAUGAAGAACACCGGCACAAUAAUUGCCAAUGAUUUGAAGAAGCAGCGUCUGAAGGCUACGGUCGCCAAUCUCCACCGGCUGGGUGUGAAGAACACAUCGGUGUCGUGCUACGAUGGCCGCAAGGUGCCUUCGCUUUUCAAAGGUUUCGAUCGUGUGCUGCUGGAUGCCCCGUGUACAGGUUUGGGUGUGAUUGCUCGGGACCCAUCGAUCAAGACGCAAAAGGGAGAGAAGGACGUGCAGCGGCUCGCUCAUUUGCAGAAGGAGCUUCUUCUGGCUGCCAUUGAUGCCGUUGAUGCCAAGUCGAAGACGGGCGGAUACAUCCUCUACUCGACGUGCUCCGUCAUGGUUGAUGAGAACGAGUCGGUCGUUGACUACGCUCUGCGCAAGCGCUGCGUAAAGCUUGUGGACACUGGACUCGACCAUGGAAAGCCCGGCUUUACACGCUACCAGCAGCAGCGCUUUCACCCGUCGAUGCAGCUCACUCGUCGAUUUUACCCGCACGUGCACAACAUGGAUGGCUUUUACGUUGCCAAGUUGAAGAAGUACGCGAACACGAUGCCGUCAGAGGAGAAAGAUGCGAAGAAGACGAGCGACGAGCUUGAGGAAGAGGCCGAGGAGGCAAACAUGACGAAGAAGCAGCGUGUGAAGGCCAAGAAGGAGCGUAAACAGGCUGCGCAAGAUGUGGAGGCUGAGAUCAUCCAAGAGGAUCAGAGCGAGGCUGAGGAGGAAGAGGAGCCGAAGCGUUUGGCAAAGAAGCAGAAGCAGGAGCCCAAGGCCAACAAAACCAAGAAGCGCGAUGGCAAAGGCAAGAAGUUUGGCCGACCUCGCAAGAGUUAG